UGCUUGCAGCAUCACGCUUGCUCUUCACCUGUAGCUAUUCAUCCAUGCUUGUAUUUUCACAUUGCGAGUUAGAAAUCUGUCGACUUAGCUACUUUCAGGUCGCUUCUUGUAGUAUAACUCUUUUUUUUUUCUCCGAGACUGGCGCCAUUUGUACAUCCUGCCUUGAAUGACACGCAUGUAGAACACGAUUUCCAGUUCCAAAGAUGGGUCUUUUCUGUGAUACAUAGAAGCUAUCACGAUGAACGAUGAACAAUAGACCCUCUGAUUUUCCUCGGUUCCGAAGACGAUCACAAGCAGGACACGGAUUGCAUCGCUUUCGUGUUGGUGAUUCCAGUGCCCUCGAACACCAAGACACAACCAACAUCAGGAACGACGACCCUCCCACCUUAGGAUCCGCUUCUUGUCCGAAUCUCUUACACGUGCAAGACCGAGGAAAGUCUCCAGUAAUGCAUAACAGGCUGCACCUUUCUGUGUCUCUUAGCGAUGAACAGCAAUCCUCACAAGCAGAGUUUUACAGCCGUUACGGUCAGGCGCAGAGGGCGUCCCCCACGCUGUCAGACAAGGGAAUUGUUAGCCCCGUGAUGAUCCACUUCACUACGCGCAGAAUGCGAAAGACCUCGUCUACCUCAAGUUGCAGGUCGCUGUCCGAAAACGACAACAUUUCGUGCGAUGGAGAGGAGGUGGACCCGAGCAAAGUCAUUCCUGAAAUCAAAAUAGAUAAAACCCUCUACAAGGACCAAAACGUGACGCAGAUCCUUGACUUCCUCUACAUGGGUGACCUUGAAGCAGCUAAUCGAGAGCCUCUGCUGUGUCGUCUGAACAUAGAAUACAUCGUAGACUUGAGUAACCUAUCCGGUGACCAAGUGAAGAGGACUAUUCGCCUCAAGGACUGUCCUUGUCUAUGUGCCUCGACCAUGAAGCACACCCGCAUUCGCCUCAACCUUCAUUUGGAUGAAUCCGUCGGAGAUGGCAUUGGCCACUAUUUCGAUGAAAUCAAUAGGUUCAUAGAGGGUGCUCGUAAAUCAAACCGCAAAGUGCUGAUCUAUUGCGUAACUGGACUCAUCCUCGCUCCUACUAUCACCACUCAAUACAUGAUCCAGGGUAUGGGAAUGACCCUCAAGCAGGCGCAUGGUCAUCUCACCAAGAUCAAACCGGAAGUGACUUUCCGAGAAGGAUUUCAGAGGGCGCUUAUCAGACUGGAACAAAAGCUAAGGCCAAAGGCUGCAUUGCCAGGUGUCUUUGACAGAAUCGGUAGGAGGGAUGCGCAGCAACUCCAUGCGCAUACUCAACAAGCUUGGAUGUGACCUUGCCUUGGUAGUUUCUGUUGAAAGUAUAAAGUUGAUUUAAGCUUGAGCAUUGCGAGGUUGCUCAUAGGAUCUAAAUACGCAACCUACUUAUGUCUUGUGUACUGAAGAAGGCCCUCUCGCGAUUGUGCUUCUCUUUUGUAAAGACCAACUUGUUCAGUUGAUCGAAGUUUGAAUCAGGGUCUGUGCCAGGUUCCAUGAUAUUUGUUCUGGCGACAAUUGCUUUUGCAAAUGGAAUGGCAAACUUUAACCUUGGAUUUAACACUAUACCCUAUCCUAAACCUAACGUAAAACCCUAUUGCAACCCC